AUGCUACAUAUUAACUUUCUCUUAUUAUUUUUUCAAUAUGUUGUUAUAAAAAGAAUAUAUACUUCACAAGAACUUGAAAAUGAUGAAGAGAAUUUCCAUCUAAAAAUAUAUACUACUGACAAUGAAGAUAAAUUAUCUAUUUCAAAAGAUGAAAUAAAAGAAAAUGCAAAUAUUAAUUUGUUACUUCAUUUAAAUAGUCCUUCCAAUCCUUCAAAUUCCACGUCACAUAAUUCAGAUUGCAAUACAGCUAAUUUAUCAGAUGCAUCAUAUUGUUUAGAAACUAAUACUUCUGAUUUAGAAAAAUCUUCUUCAGACCCUAAAUAUAUGAGUUCUGUUCUACACAAUACAGAAUGUCAUUCAGAAUUUGAUACAAUUAAUUUAGAUGAUUUGCUUUCAAUUUUUCCAGAUAAAAUAUUUGAUUCUACAGAUAUGAAUUUUGAUUUACAAGAUAUGAAUUUUGAUUCUACAGAUAUGAAUUUUGAUUUACAAGAUAUGAAUUUUGAUUUACAAGAUAUGAAUUUUGAUUUACAAGAUAUGAAUUUUGAUAUACAAGAUAUGAAUUUUGAUUUACAAGAUGUGGAAAAUAAUUCACAAUACAACACAAAUAAUUUAACAGUCAAUACUCCUAAUUCACAGAAUUCUAUUCCUUAUUUAAAAAAUAAUUCUUCUGAUUUGGAAAAUACAAAUUCUAUUUCACAUUAUGUAGAAACUUAUCCAGAAUAUGGAACUACUCAUUUCCAAAAUAUGGUUCCUUCUUUUGAAAAUAGUGCAUUUAACUCUCAAAAUAUAGAAAAUAAUUCAGAUUACAAUACAGCUAAUUUAUCAGAUGCAUCAUAUUGUUUAGAAACUAAUACUUCUUAUUUAGAAAAAUCUUCUUCUGAUACUAAAUAUAUGAGUUCUGUUUUGCACAAUACAGAAUGUGAUUCAGAAUUGAAUGAAAUUAAUUUAGAUGAUGUGCUUUCAAUUCUUCCGGAUACAAUAUUUGAUUCUACAAAUAUGAAUUUUGAUUUACAAGAUAUGGAAAAUAAUUCACAAUAUAGCACAAAUAAUUUAUCAGGUGUAACAUCUAAUAUAAAAAAUAAUAUUUCUAAUUAUGAGAAUGCUUCUUCUAAUUCGAAAAAUAAAAAUUCUAAUAUUUCAAGAAUAAUACAUAACUCAGAACCUAAUAACAUAAAUUUAGAAAACACGUUUCCUAUUUCUAAAGAUAGGGAUUGUGGUUUUCCAAAUAUAAAUUUUAACUUACAAUAUUUUACACCUAAUUUACAAUAUACAUAUAUCAAUUUGCAGAAUAUACCUUAUUACAUACAAUACCCACCUACUAUCCCGGAAAAAUCCAAUAGUAGUUUACAGGAGGUAUCUAGUGGUUCACACAUAGUAAGUUGUAGUUCAAACUUGAAUUAUUAUGAAGAGAAAAAUAAAUUAUCACAUGAAAAAAAAAAAGAAGUAAUAAGGCGAAAAAAGAAGAAAAAACUCAAUGAUACAAAUAGUUCAGAAGAUAAUUCUGAUUGCACUAAAAUGAGUACUUCAAGUCAUGUUAUGGCUAAUGUAAAAAAUGAUAAUGGCUAUUACAUUAGAAGAUUUUGUUUAUUUAUUUUAAAAAAUGUUUUUACAGUUAGUCUUGAAGAAUUUGAAACGAAUAUCAUUCCUGAUAUGCAAACUAUAUACAAUGACUUAAAAAUGAAAUAUAAUAUGAUUGUGGAAAAAAUCAACCUUAAUAGCAAUCCGUUCAAAAUUUUUAUAGAAGGAGAAUUAAAAGAUAUUAAUCAAGAUUAUUUGGAUAACUUGAAGCUGCAGUACGAUAAUAUAUUUAAAAAUAAAGAAGAAAAUACAGAAAAAAUAAAUAUUAACCGUGAACUAGAUACACUUGUUGUAAAAUUGACUAAUAAAAAAGUAACAGAAGAAUUACUCAAUCUUAUAUUAUAUUUACGAAUCUUCCUGAGGGAACUUAAUUCUUUUAACAAAGGAAGCAAAUUAAUAUUAAAUUUUGUAGAUAACAUGAUGUACACUAAAUUACUUUCUACUAAUUUUUUAAAUCCAUCAUCAAAAAAUAAAUAUUUGUUUAAGAAAAUUUUAAAAGGAACUAAUGAUUUAAUAAGUUGUAUAGAAAAAUCACAUCAAUGUAGUUACUUUUUUUUGGAUAAAUCUAAAGUGAAAAUUAUUAGAGAACAUAUACGUUCUCUUAGAUUAAAUUUAAAUUCAUUUUAUCGUAUAGCAGAUAAAUGUUUUGAAAUUGUGAAAAGUUUGAAUUUAUCAGAUAGAGAUCAUAAGAUAAAAGUACAAACUAUUUUUCAUUUUCUUUCUGAAACAAAUACAUUGAAUACAAAUUGUGCAAAAAAUAUUAUAGAUAAUCAUUAUGUAUGUGGUGAUAUAAAAGUUUUUAAUGAAAUUUUGUCAAAAGAAAGAAAUCGUAUAUCAGAUUUUAAGCAAAGAACCUCUGAAAUUUUUCACAUAAAUGGUGAUGAACUUAAUUUAAAUAAUACACAUUUAGGUUCACUAUUGAUAAGUAAAGAGAAAGCAAAGGUAAAAAAUUUACAUAAUAAUCUUAUGAAAAUGUUUUCUUUUACAUAUAUGCAUAAUCUAUUGAAUAAUAUCGCCAAAAUACUUAAUUCACCAAUAUUUAAGUAUUAUACAAAAAAAAAUAUGUCAGAACGUGACUAUAUGAAUUAUAAGCUUUCAAAAAUGGAAAAUUUUAAAAAUAUUUUGAGAAUAAUUGAAUUAAAUAUACAGUAUAUCACUUUAUUUAAUUCUUUAAAAAAAAACAUAUUUUAUUUUCCAAAUUUAAUAAAAUUUGCUAAAAAUAAAACUAAUGAACUUUUACAUAUUCUUGAAAAACUCAGAGAAAUUAUUAAAAAAAAAAGUAUCAGUGACGAUGAUGAAACUGAAGAAAUCAAUAGCAGUCAACAAAUUUUAUACUACCUAAUUCAAGCUACUGAACUAAUGAAUAAAUUUAGCAUAGAAAAAUUGAAAUAA